AUGUUGAUGUCUAGUUUUUGCUGCUUCGGAGAAAAGAAAAUGGGACAAAGUGGGUCAGCACCAGUGCCAGGACAGAUAGUAGAAACAACUUCGGGAAAAAUUCGCGGCCGUUUGUACACGAUUGAUGAAGAUCGAGUAGUCGAGGGGUUUCUUGGGAUUCCCUACGCUGAACCACCAAUUGGGGAACUCAGGUUUCAGAAGCCAAUUCCAAAGCAGAAAUGGAAACAUACACUGGAUUGUUUCCAUUUCGGCCCUCGGUGUCCACAAGCAGACGAGUACUUUUCAGGUUAUUUAAAUAUUGUUGGAAAAGAUGAGGCUAAAUGCUUGACAUUGAACAUUUUUGCUCCACAAUGGGAAAGCAAAGAAUUUCCAAGCGGUCACCCGGUAAUGAUUUGGAUACACGGUGGCGGAUUCCAAAUGCAUUCCAGUUCCAAUUAUGGAGAUCGCACGUUGGCAAGAAAUUUGUGUGCCAAAGAUUUGUUAGUCGUUUCGAUCAAUUAUCGACUCGGUCUUUUUGGCUUCUUUACAACAGGGGAUGAAGCCUGUCGAGGCAAUAUGGGUCUCUGGGAUCAAACUUUAGCUCUCGAAUGGGUUAGGGAUAAUAUUGGGAAGUUUGGUGGUGAUCCAAAUAAUGUCACAGUGUUUGGUCAGAGUGCGGGUGGAGCAUCAAGUGAUCUCCUUUCAUUGUCACCACACUCGAGAGAUCUUUUCCAUAAAGUAAUCCCAAUGGCCGGUUGUGGCGAGUGUGAUUUUGCGAUUCGAAGUUCGGAUGAACAAACACAAAUCUCCAAAGAUUUCGCUAAAUUUCUUGGCUACAAACCACAUGAGGAAGAAGGCAACGAGGAAAUGCUAGAAUGGCUGAGAUGCCAAUAUGCUGAACUUUUAGAGUUGGGGCUUUCCGGGAAAAAGGGUUUUGGUAAACCUGGCCGACUAUUGUUUACUCCAAAUAUCGAUGGAGAAUUUUUCCCAAAAUCUAUUGAAGAGCUGAGAAAAGAGGCUCCGAGAAAACCGCGAAUGACCGGUGUCACUCAACAUGAAGGACUUUUCUUUGUUGGGUUAACCGGGCUGAACAAAACUUACGAGGGAAUGCAACGAUAUCUUGAAAGAUCUAUUACGGAUGACUCUUAUGAAGGAGCUCAAAAAUUACGUGAACAAACGCUCGAAUUCUACUUUUCUGAUGUGAAUACAAAAGAUAAAAAGGAAGUAAUCAAGAAAAUCGUACAGAUUUGGGGCGAUCGAGAGAUCAACUAUGGAAUAUGGGAAAUGGCAAGAAAAGAAGCUGAGUUAGGAUCAAAAGUUUAUCUCUAUCAAUUCAACUAUUUCAAUCCUGAUGGGUUUGGCCUUUUGAAGUGGAUACUCCCGUUUUUAGGUGCCACUCAUUGUUCCGAACUCCGCUAUAUUCUUGGCAAAGGUGUUAUCAGUAAAUUUCAACCAAAUGCUAAUGAUCACAAAAUGAUCAAAAUUAUGACCGAUUUCUUUUCGAAUUUUGCAAAAUAUGGAGAUCCAAAUGGAAAAACUGAAAAAUGUUUGUGGGAGCCGCACGAUCACACAAAACCGAACCGACAUCUCACGAUCACUUUGGAACCAUCGAUGCAGGAUAGCUUCAUUGAGAACCGAAUGGAGUUGUGGAGUAAAGUGUUCCGGGCUCGUUUG